AUGGCCCAAGUCUUUGACGUUACUGCUCUUCGCAAGCACUUUCCCGCUUUGGACAAGAAGCAAGUCUACUUUGACAAUGCAGGUGGAAGUCAAGUCAUCCAAGAAGUAAUUGACUCGGUUUCUGAAUAUCUUGGUGGUACAAAUGUGCAACUAGGUGCUUCAUACCCCAUUGCUCAGAAAUCGACCAACCUUUUCGCAGCCGGAAAGGAUGCAGUGGCCAAAUAUAUCAAUGUCACUUCUGAAGAAGUCGUACUCGGUCCAUCAACAACCCAGCUCUUCCGCAAUCUCUCCCUGGCACUAUACGAACACCUUACUCCCGGCUCCGAAAUCAUUCUCUCGAAACUGGACCACGAAGCCAACAUAGCAUCCUGGCUCCAGAUGGCUGCUUGGAGAGAUCUGACUGUGAAGUGGUGGGACGCGCCCAACAAGCAGAACCCAAAGCUGGAGGUCUCGGUCCUCAAGACCCUGCUCUCGGACAAGACAAAGCUAGUCUGUUGCACGCAUACCAGUAACAUCCUCGGUACAAUCAGUGACAUCAAGAGUAUUGCAGAGACAGUGCACAGCGUACCUGGAGCUUUGCUAUGCGUUGACGCAGUAGCCUACGCACCACACAGACAAGUAGACAUGCGGGCCUUGGACGUUGAUUUCUACUGUUUCUCAUGGUACAAAGUCUACGGCCCCCACAUCGCCAUGUUAUACGCAAAGCAAUCCAGCCAAAAAGCCAUGCAAACACUAGGCCACUACUUCAAGGGCUCUGCAUCUUUGGAAGACAAACUGGGACUGGCAGCCGCAAACUACGAACUCACUGCCUCCAUCCCCAAAGUCUGCGAAUACUUGUCUCAGAUUCCUUGGGACGCAAUUUCUGCUCACGAGGAAAAGCUGCAGGAAAUUUUGAUCGAUUAUCUCAAUUCGAGAAAGGAUGUCAAGAUUUGGGGUGAGCCUGUUAAGGACGCUGCUAAGCGUGUUCCCGUGAUCAGUUGGACGGUCGAUGGACGCAAGAGUAAAGAUGUCGUUGAUGCUGUAGAGGCAAAGAGUGACUUUGGCUUCCGCUGGGGUGCUUUCUACUCGAACCGUUUGGUGCAGGAGGUUAUGGGGUUGGAUCCAGUGGAUGGUGUUAUCAGAGUGAGUCUGGUGCAUUACAAUACUGAGGACGAGAUCAAGCAAUUCGUCAAAGUGCUGGAUGAGGUACUCUCCAACUAG